AACUAGUGUUUUUUUUCCUAUUAUCACUGAAUGAAGAGUGAAAUAGUUCAUACUAUAGAAAUGUGCUUGUCAUUCUUAUAAUAUUUUAAAUAAAUCCACCACAUAGCAUAUUGAAUUCUAGAUACGAGCUAAGUACUUGCUGAUGAUGUCCCUAUUUCAAUCUCCUAUCUUUAAAUUUUAGGAAAUGGCAGAAAAUGCUUCAACCGUCUUCAAUGUUCACGUGCCGGAGUUUGUGGAUGUUAUUUGGGUUGCUCUGACGGAUCCAACGUUGGUUGUUCGAGAAAAAUCUGUUGAGGCAUUGCGUGCGUGCCUUCGUGUUAUUGAAAAGCGUAAGACAAGGUGGCGUGUUCAGUGAAGUUUGAGGCUACCCAAAUGGAUUGGGGAGAAAUGCGCCUGUUCACAGUAUACAUGGAUCCCUUCUCGCAAUUGGGGAGCUGCUAAGAUAUGCAUGAAUCAUAUACUUCAUGUCCUUAAAAUACCUGCAGAACAUGCCAGUGGGUUCAUCGCUCUUAGGGAGAUAGUUGGUGCUCUGGAUGGUGAACUCACUAACUAUUUGCCGACAAUAAACUCUUACUUUUGUGAUGCGAUUGCUCCCCGUAGAGGCAGGUCCUCACUUGAGGCGCUAGCAUGUGUUGGAAAUAUUGCUAAAGCAAUGGGAACAACCAUGGAGCCUCAUGUUCGUGGUCUCUUGGAUUCUAUAUUUUCUUUUGUGCUUUCCCUGACUCUAGUGGAAGCGUUGGAGCAAAUAACUGAAAGCAUUCCACCUUUGUUGCCGACCAUCCAAAAUCGGCUGCUUGAAUAUAUCUCAACAAUCCUUUCAAGAUCUCAUCAUUCAAUGCCAAGACAAUCAGCUUCUAUGAGUCGAGGGCUUAUUACAACGGUUACCCCCCAAAUAUCAGAACUGAGUGGUUCUGUGCUAGUUCAACUUGCUUUGAGAACCCUUGCUUAUUUUAAUUUCAAGGGCCACGAUCUUCUUAAGUUUGCAAGGGAGUCUGUUGUUGUGUAUUUAGAAGACGAGGACGAAGCUACAAGGAAGGAUGCUGCACUGUGUUGCUGCAAACUAGUAGCAAAUUCUUUCUCGACGAUCUCUUCUACCCAGUUUGGUCCUAGUAGAAUCAAUCGUACUAGUGGAAAGCGACGUCGUCGUCUUGUUGAAGAGGUUUACUUUUGAACUGUGUCUCUUGGUAUUAUUUAUUUCACUGGUUUAUCACUUCUUAAUUAUCUGAUCAUUCAAAUAUGUGCCUUUAAAAACACCCUUGUCCUAAUAUCUGUAUAAGGAUGUAUAAUUCAGUUUUAGCCUUUUAGGAGUGGCUUGGUAUUACAGUUUCUCUAUCAAUCUCUCAGACGGUUUAUCCCCUUUUCUUGAAUAGGUU